AUGAAGCCAAACCGGAGAAGAUGGAUUGAUCUCGGAUCAGACAGGGCUAAGGAGCUGGAAGAGAUGGGGCUUUGGAUCGGAGUUCAUGCCGACGAUGAUGAUGAGAGGGAUGAAUCCGUAGUGAGUGGCGACUUUGGCCUUCUUGAGAGACCAGUUGCUCCAUUCCUUGAGGAGCUGCAACUUGGAUUUGUUAUUGGAAGAGGAAGCUCCCUUUGGUCCUUUCCCUUUUCCUCUGGGCUUCAACGAAAGUGUAGAAUCCAUUGUUUCCGAUCUCAGAGUUUCCCUUCUUCUCUCUGUGUGUAA